UACUGCGCUGAGGGGAAUUCUUGGCUGUGUGAACAUCUGGAGGAAUUACAUUCCCUCAAGUCAAUUCCUACCCUGGGUAAACAACUGAUCACUUUUGACCUCACCGCCCGCGGUAGAGACCUCCUUGGGCUUGGAUUCCGUGGGAGUGAAGUUACUUGACCAUUAAACCUUUGUUCUCGUGCGUUUGUACUUUUUUUUUUUAAUUCCCCAAAUAGAUACCAUUUGUCAAUUGAGCUACAUUUCUUCCCUGGAUCUUGAAAUACUAGGAAGGAAGCUGCCCCGUGAUCGUCACGUGACUCUGGGGUUCAGCUUAUCCUCGCCCGGCAACCGUCCUAGAGACCGACACCGCCGGCUGCAACAUGAACGUGAUCUACCCACUGGCGGUGCCCAAGGGGCGCCGGCUCUGCUGUGAGGUGUGCGAAGCCCCUGCGGAGCGGGUGUGUGCGGCCUGCACAGUCACUUAUUACUGUGGGGUGGUGCAUCAGAGAGCUGACUGGCGCAGCAUCCAUGAGAAGAUAUGCCAGCUCCUGAUUCCCCUGCGCACUUCCAUGCCUUUCUAUAAUUCAGAGGAAGAACGGCAGCAUGGCCUGCAGCAGCUGCAGCAGCGGCAGAAGCAUUUGAUUGAAUUCUGCUACACCGUAGCUCAGAAGUAUCUCUUUGAAGGGAAGCAUGAAGAAGCCGUCCCUGCAGCUUUGCAUUCCCUUCGCUUCCGCAUGAACGUGCACGGCUUGAAUUCAGUAGAGCUGGUGCCUGCGUAUUUGCUAUUGGCUGAGGCUAGCCUUGGUCUGGGCCGGAUCAUACAGGCUGAAGAAUAUCUAUUACAAGCCCGGUGGACUGUCCUCAAAUCAACUGACUGUAGUAAUGCCACCCACUCUUUACUGCACCGGAACCUGGGACUUCUCUACAUGGCUAAGAAAAACUAUGAGGAAGCCCGUUAUCAUCUCGCCAAUGAUAUUUAUUUUGCCAGUUGUGCAUUUGGAACAGAGGACAUCAGGACCUCAGGAGGCUACUUCCACCUGGCUAAUAUAUUCUAUAUUCUUAACAAGAUGGACCUGGCAGACACACUUUACACCAAGGUCUCUGAUAUCUGGAAUAAAUAUAUGAAUGAACAGUAUAAACUCUUCUUACAGAAUGAAGCCCAACAAGAUUUACUGGGAAAACGAUUUGAGAAGGACACUAGCUUAGAUGAAGCCCAGGAAGCAGAAGCCAUUCGGAUUCUGACUUCAAUCUUGAACAUUCGAGAAUCUACAUCUGACGAAGCCCCUGAAAAAAUUAUCAUUCUUCUGAAAACCCUGGUCAUGCUUUACCACCUGAUGAUGAAUUAUUCAAAGGCAAAGGAAUAUGGCAUAAGAGCCCUCGAUCUAGCCAAAGAAAAACUGCUUGGUGUCUCUGAGGAAAACACCAUUCAAGAGUUAAUACGUGUCAUCUCAGCUGAGGAUUAUCCCAUGAUUUAGUGACCCAUGAGCUCUGCAUCAGGGGAUAACACAGCAGCCCUGCGCAAUUAGUUUAAGGUACUCUGGAUUGCUGAACUUUUCCCUCUUUCCCUGAGGUUGCAUACAUAGUUGUGUUUUUAUUCUUAUACAGCAGAUAAGUGAAGGGAUAUGAAACUUUAGGCAUAGAAAUCAGUAAAACUGUUCUUUAUUAUGACCUUUGUACUUGGUUUAUCCAUGACUUUGUGUGACUUUGAGUAAUGUGUAGUCAGAUUACAAACGUGGUCAUUUUAA